AUGGAUAUCCGCGAACAGGAUCGCUGGCUGCCCAUAGCCAACGUGGGCCGCGUGAUGCGACAGGCCCUUCCACCUCACGGAAAGCUCUCGAAAGAGGCCAAACAGUGCAUGCAGGAGUGCGUGUCUGAGUUUAUCUCCUUCAUCACCUCGCAGGCGGCUGAAAAAUGCGCCCUGGAAAAGAGAAAGACGCUCAAUGGCGAGGACAUCCUGUUUUCGAUGUACUCGCUCGGGUUCGAGAACUACGCGGAAACGCUGAAAAUAUACCUUGCCAAAUACCGUCAGUACGAGCUUUCCGAGAGCGAAGCCAGAAGAGAGAAGUACCGACAGCGCAAGGGACUGGCUGCUGACGCUGACGACGCAAGCGACGCGGAAGCCCAUGAGGAGGGCGGCGCCGACGCGGAAGGCGAUUUCCUCAAUUACGAGGACGAGCUCAGCUUCGAAGGGUGGUAG